AUGCUUCAAGUGCUGACAAAUGCCAUCAGCAAUAGUCAAAGACCUUUGACAAAAUUAUCUGCUGAGCCUGUCAUGGGCCGCGAGAAGGCCGAGAUUGUUCUCAAAGACCUUCUCACAACACUGGGGGAAGAAGAACCUCGUCUUUCUACCCUGGGUCUCAAGGCGAAUUCAGUACAUCGAAUGAUGAUUAUCUCUACCCUCAUGAUGUCUCAUAUACCUGGCAUGUCACUUUUCUCGACUGCAUUGCGACUCAAAUAUAAAAAGUGCACCGCCACCGAGAUGAGCUAUUUGACCGACAAGUGGAACUCAGUGCCUCAUUCCCGCCGCCUAGCAGUUUCAUAUGCUGCACAACUAUUUGGGACAAUCAAGAACCAAGCCUGUGCUCACUUCUCAACGCCCGUCAUGCUUUUCCACGCUACCCUGACCAUGUGGCUCUAUGCGGCUCUCAAUAUUCCUCCAGCAGAUAUGACAGUCAUAUCCGAACGCCGCUCUGUUGUCCUUAGUACCUUGGGUCCUGAUGACCCGGAGCAAUUCCGUUGGAUAGAAUCUGGGCGAGGUUGCGUCAAAAUACCCGGUGUUGGAAACCUCCUCUCUUCUUCGGCUUGUCCGAGAAGGCUUCUCGAUGAAGCAAUCUCAUUGAUGCGGACACUCAAUCAUUGGGGCAUCAGUAGGAUUUAUGGGCAGAUAUUGAGUGCUCUUUGUGUAGAAUGA